CACAACCCAGAAAUGGUGUAGGAUAGCAGGAAAGCAGGACGUAAUCCAAUCCUAGGAAAAAAAGGCAAAGCCAAAGUGUAAGCUUGCGUCGAGUUUGGCAGCGGGGUGGUCGUGGUUCAAAGGUGAAGCAUCGGGGCGGCACAAUGGAGAGUGAGCAGAGCACUCCUGCCUCCAGUGCCAGCAGCAGCACAGGCACCAAUACCUCCACCACAAACUCCAUAGGCACCACCAGUGCCUCCACUGCCAGCAUUGCCAACUCCACCAGCAGCAGCAGCACGAGCAGCGGAAGACUGGCCAUUCCACAGAUAUCUGUAUACAGCGGCAUACCUGACCGACAGACUGUACAGGUGAUCCAGCAGGCUCUACAUAGGCAGCCCAGCACAGCAGCGCAGUACCUGCAGCAGAUGUAUGCAGCUCAACAGCAGCAUCUGAUGCUGCAAACGGCAGCUCUACAGCAGCAGCACCUCAGCACAGCACAGCUCCAGAGCCUCGCAGCAGUGCAGCAGGCCAGUUUAGCAGCCGGCAGGCAGAGUUCGAACCAGAAUGGGACCUUGUCUACCCAGAGCGGGUCAUCACAGACCACAAUUAAUUUAACCACGUCCCCUGCUGCUGCUCAGCUGAUCAGUCGUGCACAGAGCGUAAACUCCACCCCCUCUGGGAUAUCCCAGCAAGCUGUGUUGCUAGGCAACGCCACAAGCUCCACCCUGACAGCCAGCCAAGCUCAAAUGUACCUGCGGGCCCAGAUGGCUCAGCAGAGUAAUCUUGUGCAUGUAGCCAGGAGUCUGGGCCGAGCCGUCCCUCUGUCCCCUCAGCUGAUCCUGGCUCCUACAGCUACAGUAACUGCUCUACAGUCUGACACUAAUACAGCCAAUAACACACAGUCUGUCUCUGCACAGGUGCAGAACCUUGCCCUGCGCAACCAGCAGGGGGUGUCUUCCACCUCUCAGUCCUCAGGCCUGCAGGCACUGAGUUUAAAGCAGACCCCCGUCUCCAUUCAGCCCACCCCACUCAUCAAAACACCCAGCCAGAGUGCUUCCAGUUCAGACACUGGGAAAAGCAAUGUGAACACUGCUUCCGCGGAUGGAGUGAAGAAGGGAGAGGAAGGGCAAACAGAGAUGAAAGCAGUUAACAUGAGUCGUAAUGUUUCCUCGUCACAUCCCUUACUCGCACCAGCUGAACGUUCAACAGGAAAUUUCGGGGUUUUCCAGGGUUGCGCUCGGCAGGGAAUAACUCAUCAACUCCUUAUUCUGAACAUCCGGGAGAAAGAAAGAGUGAGAGAAACAUAUGCCCAAAUCCAGCCGCAGGCCCUGAUUAAGCAGCAGCCGCAGCAGUUUGUCAUUCAACCCCAAGCCCCACCCACCUCAAGAACCCAGCCUCAGUUACUGCAGACCGUCUCGGUCCAGCCCCACCAACAGACAGCCUCACUGGCCAUCCAGAGCUCCACCCAGACCACAUCGGUAGCAGGGAUCAUUCCGGUUUUGCCUAAACCAGCACUUCACAACCAAGGAUCGGCUCAAAGUCAACAGGCCACCAUCUUCCAUUCAACUGUAAGCCACCAUGCACUUGCACACACAGGCCUGGCCCAUGCUAAAGCUCAACCGGUCCAACUGACAGCCAUCAAUCUCCAAAUCCAACCAGCACAAAGCCAGAGUUCAAGACUUGCUCAGGAUGACAAGGAGAAGCCCACCUCUUUGGUGGUAAGAGAGCUUUGUCCCCCAGUACAAAUGCAGCCAACCACUACGACCCAAGGCACUGACCCCCCUGAACAAUCCAAAGCCGAUACUGUUAACACUACAUCUCAAACUCAAGGCUCUGUAGAGACAGCGCGCGACCCCACGGCAGCACCGGUGACACCGACCAUGACCUCGGCAGCCUCAAGCAAGCCGCCUCCAGCAGCUGUGACCGGAAGUGUGGCACAAAACGGCGAAAACAAGCCACCUCAAGCCAUAGUGAAGCCACAUGUCCUCACGCACGUCAUCGAGGGUUUUGUCAUUCAGGAGGGAGCUGAGCCAUUCCCUGUGGAGAGACCGCUGGUGCAAGCAGACAGCCCCAAGAAACCAGACACGCAGCUUCGCUCAGAUCCAGAGAAAAUGGCCAGCAGUAAUUCCCUCAGUGCCACAAACUCAGACAUGGAGGAGGCUGGACAACAAGACACGAGGACUCAGGAGGAAUCGGAGGAACCCAAGCUCACAUGUGAGCUCUGUGGAUGGGUCGAUUUUGCCUACAAGUUCAAACGUUCAAAACGCUUCUGUUCCAUGGUCUGUGCUAAAAGAUACAGUGUAAGUUGCACGAAGCGGGUUGGUCUGUUCCACCCCAACAGAACUAAAACAACCAAUCAGAUCAAUCAGUGGAGAAGGAGGAGGUCUCAUAGUCCCAGAGGCAGGGAGGCCAAAAAGCAGCGGCUCUCUGUAUCUCAGCAAUCUCAGGGAGAAUCUAUAUCCUCACCUCUCCAAUCUCAGCCUAGUCAAGGAGAGUCCAGUCCCUGUUCGGAUAUCUCCAGUUAUGAGGAUGCAACAUCCCCCCUCUCUGCAGCCAGUUCUGGCCCAAUUGUUUCUCAAGGUGGGGUCACUGUUAACGAUCCCGAAGAGCUUCCUCUCCUCAGUCAGCACUUCCUGCCAUGUGACCCCACCAAAUGGAAUGUGCAAGAGGUUUUUGAGUUCAUUCGCUCUUUGCCAGGUUGCCAGGAGAUUGCAGAUGAGUUCCGUGUUCAGGAGAUUGAUGGACAGGCCAUGCUGCUACUGAAGGAAGAUCAUCUAAUGAGUGCCAUGAAUAUUAAAUUAGGACCCGCCCUCAAGAUCUUCGCUCGCAUAAACAUGCUGAAAGAUUCCAAACCUUGAAAAGGCUGUGUGUGUCUGUCUGUCUGUCUGUCUGUCUGUCUGUCUGUCUGUCUGUCUGUCUGUCUGUCUGUCUGUCUGUCUGUCUGUCUGUCUGUCUGUCUGUCUGUCUGUCUGUCUGAACAUUUCAUACAUAUUGGGGCUAAAGCCUAAAACUGCACCUCCUCAAGAAAAGACUUGAAAUAAAUUCAGCUGAAACAGAAAAUGACCCGACUACCUAUGAAAAAUCGUACAAAUAGUGACUUUAUACCAAAUGGAAGGCAUUAUGAAACAGUGAUUUGGAAUUCUGACUGGGUUUCACAGAUCACUGGACUUAACUAGUAGUAUCGGUGCUUAGAAGAAAUCUUUGGAUAAUAUACGUGUAACCGUGCAGUCCAACCUGAACUAAAAUUAUCAUGUGGUUUCACAAUCCCACAUCUCGGCCCAGAUGUCUCUGGAUUGUACAUUUGUUGUUUUCAGGUAUGAUUUUGUCUUAUUGUACAUGCCAGAUGCUUUUGUACAGUCAAAUAUGUUUAAGUAAAUUAUUCUUACCUUUGUGAGUAUUUGUAACAUAGUUGAAUCACAACAAACUGGUGCUAUUUCACUCGCAUUUACUUUAAGACUUGAAUAACAGAAGCACAGUAACAGAAUAUUCAACUUUAAACCUGAAAACCAACCUGU